UUCAGUUCAUCCUAUCUUCUUCUCUCUAGAUUAGACUCAAUCUAACAAUACUUGAGAUUUCUUUAUGGCAUUAUAGUUGAGAAUCAAGGUUCCACAUUGACAACAAUCCAGCUCACAGGUGUGGAGAAUUACUCGCAAUGGAGUCAAUCGAUGCUCCUAAUUCUCCGAGCUAAGAGCAAGGCAAGUAUUGUUUUUUGUACCUGUAAGAAGAGUGUUUACAAAACAAAUGCGUUUGUGCUAUCAUGGAUUUUAAACUCUGUUUUGAAGGAAUUGAUGAGUGAAAUCAUCUAUGCAACUGAUGCUGCAAUGGUUUGGGCAGACCUGAAGGAGAGAUUUGAUAAGAAUUCUCCCAGACUUUUCACUGUUGAAGAACUUGCUAUUUACAAUGGUUCUGAUCCAAGUUUGCCCAUCUUUCUUGCUAUUAUUGGGUCCGUAUUUGAUGUGAGCAAAGCAAAGAGUCACUAUGGAGUAGGAGGUGGCUACAACCAUUUUGCCGGAAGAGACGCUUCGCGUGCCUUCGUUUCAGGAAAUUUUACAGGAGAUGGACUCACUGACUCACUACGGGAUUUAUCCAGCGCCGAGGUUAAAAGUAUUGUUGACUGGAGAGACUUCUACUUCCGAACAUACAUAUUUGUUGGUAAGCUUGUAGGUCGGUAUUAUGACACUGACGGCAAUCCCACGAAGUACUUAAAAGGGGUUGAAGCAAAGGCCGCCAGAGGUGCUCAGCUGAUGGAAAAACAAAAGAAUGAAGAGGCUAAACUACCUAGCUGUAAUUCAAGGUGGAGUCAACAAGAGGGUUCAGAGGUUUGGUGUGACGAUGGAUAUCCAAGAUUAGUUCAACGACCUACAGAGAUAGCGUUGACAGGAAAAAUGAGCAAACGUUGUGCUUGCUUUAAAGAGGAAGAUCUUGACCAGCCAGGUCUGGAAGUCUACGAAGGAUGUGAUUAUUUAGCCAAAACAUGCCGGUUAUGAAUACUGCAUUGUGAAACUCCAUAGGAUAUUGAUAUUUACUUACUAAUAGAAUCAUAGAAUAUUUGACAUCAAUUCCUCAAACAACAUUCUGUACAAUUUUCCAUUUGAACGAAUUUUUGUAUAUUUAUUAAUUUAUUAUAAGAGGACGACCUUGCUUUGAAUAAAGAAGUGCG